CCAGGGUCCGCCGCCGUCAUUCUAGCAGCAGUAGCGGCGCGAGCGUGAGGGGAGGGGGAAGAGCCAGAGAGCGCGCGAGGCACGAGCCUGCUGUUUAGAGAGCAGUAGCAGCAGCGGCCGUUAAACCGUCGCCUCACGCGCCAGCCGGCCUCGGCCAAUCACCUCCCUCCGUUUCCCUGCCUCGCGCGCUGCCCUCGCUCAGCCUGUCUCUCCUUUCUCGUUUUCUCUUCAGCGUGAGGAAAAGGAAGGGGUAAAAGAAAAAGCCGGCCUCCCCCUUCUCCCCGCAGCCGCCGCCGCCGCGCCCCAAAAGCGAAGAAGAUGGUGGACCGCGAGCAGCUGGUGCAAAAAGCCCGGCUGGCCGAGCAAGCCGAGAGAUACGACGACAUGGCUGCCGCCAUGAAGAACGUGACAGAGCUGAAUGAGCCACUGUCCAAUGAAGAGAGGAACCUGUUGUCAGUGGCCUACAAGAAUGUAGUUGGGGCACGGCGCUCUUCUUGGCGAGUAAUUAGCAGCAUUGAACAGAAGACUUCUGCUGAUGGCAAUGAGAAAAAGAUUGAGAUGGUCCGUGCUUACCGUGAGAAGAUUGAGAAGGAGUUGGAAGCUGUCUGCCAGGAUGUGCUGAGCCUCCUAGACAACUACCUGAUCAAGAACUGCAGUGAGACCCAGUAUGAGAGCAAAGUCUUCUACCUGAAGAUGAAAGGGGACUAUUACCGCUACCUGGCUGAAGUUGCCACAGGGGAGAAAAGGGCAACUGUUGUGGAAUCCUCCGAGAAGGCAUAUAGCGAAGCUCAUGAGAUUAGCAAGGAACACAUGCAGCCAACUCACCCCAUCCGGCUUGGCUUGGCGCUUAACUACUCAGUUUUCUACUAUGAGAUCCAGAAUGCCCCCGAGCAGGCGUGCCACCUGGCCAAGACAGCAUUUGAUGAUGCCAUUGCUGAGCUGGACACCCUCAAUGAGGACUCCUACAAAGACUCAACGCUCAUCAUGCAGCUUCUUCGUGAUAACCUAACACUCUGGACAAGCGACCAGCAAGAUGACGAUGGUGGUGAAGGCAACAACUAGACCCCUCUGAUGGACUGGCAGCUGCACGCCGAUGCUACUACUGCAGUCUUUAUUUUUUUUCCCACAAGUGGGGGGGAGGGGGUCAGGGGUGGGGGAGGGGAAAGGAGGGGUGACCUUCCAGGGAGGCUCCCCCGUAACCUGUCUUUGAUUGCCUCGUUGACACUUUUGCCAAAACACCACUAGUGGAAAGUCAAGCUGGCUGUGCUGGUAGGGAGUGGAAUGGAACGGCAGCCUUACAAUGGCAUAUGGACUGUUCUGUAGACUUCAUUCAAGGGGGAGCUGUCUUUAAAUUAUCUUAAUUGCUAGAAAUACACGAAGUUGAUAAUGACUAACUUGAAUGGAAUGGCCCUUUUUUUUAAAAUCUUUUUUGAUUUGUUUGGAAAGCAAGUUCUGUGGUUCCAGUAAGGGUUCCAUCCAUCUUUUCAGUUGCAAUGCCAUAUUCUGUUAAGUACAUGUGUGUAUCUUCCCACUGCCUGCCUCCAAACCUUGGAGGAACCCCUUUAUAUAUCAUGGCAUUGUUUUAAAAGGACCCUUUCCUCUCCUUGCUCAAAACAUAAGCCUUUGGGCUUUCUUGUCAAGAUGCUUAAAAUAGCUUGCAGUAUUAACACUAAAUUAUGGUUUACAGUAUUUCUACAUGACAGCCAUAUCUAACAUCCAAGCCAUUGAGUGUGAACUUUCCUGUUUCUGGCUUGCUGCCCUCUUCCAGUCUUGUCUGUGUGGAUGAUCUUACCCACCCUAUUUGGUUUCCCGUAUGCCAGAAUCUGCCUGAGAAACACCCAUCUUGUUCCAAUUCUCUGCAUUUUAAUUGGCUAUAUAAAAUAUUAAAGAGUCCACAGCAUGUAUGAUUCAGAAUUUUAAUUAGUGGGUGAGAUAUUAAAAUAUAAUGCCACUUAAUUAAUGCUAAUUCAGGUCUGUGUGUUCAAUAUUUUUGUCUGGUAUUCUCAAGAUCAUCCUGGUUUAUUUAUUGCUUUUUAAAUAAAGGUGUCCUAGCCCCUGCCUCAGGGAUCAUGCUACCAGUUUGCUCAUAAUCUGACUUUCUCCCAUUGUGCCAUGAGGUUUGUCAGCAGAUCUUUGAAGCCCUUAGUCUCCUGUCUUUACCAGAGCUAGAGCUCUGAUCUAUGGUAAAGUCUGCAGUAAGAGUAGAACAUUCUGUUGGAGAAAUCCACAAAGGUGAGAGCUGGUGGAUUUGUGUGCGUGUUUUGUUUUAAACCAAAAUCUUAGGCACUCUGAAACUUGUCUCUAAAAACAGGAUUUGUUCAUCCAUAAGUCUUAGUUGCCUAGAAGAAAAUAAUAUAAAUGAUCAGGUAACAUUUUUGUCCCUUGUUUGAGACCUUUUUUUAAAAAGCAAAAUCAUGAUUGCUGGAAAUCUAUAGCUGCUUUCCUUCUUGAAUUUGAGGAAUUAUAUUUGAUCAUGUCGCUUUUGUUUAUCAAAAGCACCACAGAAGGAAACUGCGCUCAUAACUACCAUUGUACAAACAUUCACUGUCCCUUGUGGAACAGAGCAUCUUGUUUUGCAUGGUGGUCCAGUUGGCUUGGCAAAGUUUGGAUGUGAGGAGCCUGAGCAAGAGGAUUCAUUUUCUUAGUGGUUUACAGCCCUAAAGACAAAGUUUUAAAUGAGUUGAGAUUGCAAAUGCUAGCAAGACCUCCUGAAUGCAUUCAGCACAGAUACAUUUUUAACUCAUUGUACUUUGUUGCAGCAUGACAGUUUGCAUUCAGUGACUUUUUAUUCUGGUCCACCUGAGUAAUGUGCAGCGCCAAUAGCCUGGCUCUUGCAUCCUGUUGGAACUAGGAGGAGGAAGAGAAGCUUGCAACUUAGGCAACUGACUAAAGGGAAAGUCAUGGACUGGAAAGGACGCUUUGGCUCCUCUUUAAUUUGCAGUCAUGUCAUGUGAGCGGUGUAUGUUCCUGGCUUUUAUCAUUUGGAAACGAUUUACUGGAAUUACAAAACCUUCCUUGAUUUCAGCUUUUUAGCUCUGGCUGCUUUAGGAAAACUUUAUGCAGGGGAAAAGAUCGCACAAGAGGGCUACAUAUGGAGUGGGCGGGCGGGAGGGUUGGGGGACUUGUGAGCAGCUUGAAUGGUUUCUUUCAUUUUUUAAAAGAAAUGCACUUGCCUAUGAUAACUGUCUCUCCAGUGAAAUGAAUAACUGCUCCAUUACUCUAUUGAUACAAUAUUGUGCAUGCUGGUGUUGUAUUUCUAUAAAGUAGCUUGAAAUUUAUUAACUUAUACUGUAGAUGUUAUGUAUUCCUAUGACAAUAGUCUUCAACAAUUUUUUAAAAUUUUUUAAUUUAUUUUUUUUCCUUUGGGGGGGGGGGUAAAGUUUGCUCUACCAAAUAGUGAUCGUAACAAAACUGAUCUGUUAUGGAUGUUGCUAUAGUGACAUGCAAUUAUAUAUGAUUUUUUUUUUAAAGGAAAGCAAAAGAAAACACCAGUGUUAGCUUAAUCUUAAUGUCUGGUGUUCGUCAUGGUGAAAUUAUAACUAUUACAGUGUAGGAGAAAAAUGACUCUGUUCUUUGAAUGAGCCUUUGUUUGUGCUUUUCUGUCAUGUUAUGCAGUGAACUCUUUUUAAGGUCUAAUCAGUAAUUAUUUUUCCAACUCCGUGUUUCUGUAAGGAAUUAUUUCAUACACGGACCAUUCUUAGCAGUUUUCCUCAGUGAUGGAAUAUCAUGAAUGUGAGUCAUUAUGUAGCCGUCGUACAUUGAGCAAAUAAACUUACAGAUCUGAUGUCA